UUAACUACAAAGCUGCUUCCUUUGUAUCAAAAGUUGCAGAGAAUUCGUUUGUAUAUUAAACCCUUUCCCUUCAACAAUCCAGCUCAACAAUCCAUUUUAUUCUUCCUCCAUUGGAGCCCUUCCACAAGCUUUUCAUCACACCCAUGUGGGUUUGUUAGCGAUUCUCUCAAUUUGGGAGCAAAAAUCCAAAAAAAUGGAGUUCCCCAAUGGAUUCCUACGACGAAUUUUAGCGGCGGCGCUUCUGGGUUUGCCCUUUUUGGGUUCUGUUCUGGCGGAUCUGGCUUCCGACAGGGCGGCGCUGGUGGGUUUCCGCGCGGCGAUGGGUGGUCGGCCCCGAUUAGAGUGGAAUAUCUCCGAGGUAUCUCCCUGUUCUUGGGCUGGUGUUAGCUGUGGUAAGAAUGGGGUUUUUGAGCUCCGGCUUCCGGCUAUGGGGCUUUCCGGUGAACUUCCGGUGGGGCUUGGGAAUUUGACGCAGUUACAAACUCUGUCUCUGCGGUUUAAUGCUCUGUCUGGACGGAUUCCGGCGGAUUUUGCGAAUCUUCGUGGGUUGAGGAAUCUUUACUUGCAGGGGAAUUUGUUUUCCGGCGAGAUUCCGGCGUUUCUGUUCGAUUUGAAGAAUCUGGUUCGGUUGAACAUGGCGGACAAUAAUUUUUCAGGGGAGAUUUCAUCUGGGUUCAACAAUUUGUCCCGUUUGGCUACUCUGUAUUUACAGAACAAUCAGUUCACCGGAGUGGUUCCUGAGUUAAAUCUUCAUCUUGAACAAUUUAAUGUCUCGUUUAAUCGAUUGAACGGUUCGAUUCCGUCGAAGCUCUCUGGUUUUCCAGCGAGUGUUUUUGAGGGAAAUUUGCUCUGUGGGGCGCCAUUGUUGCUCUGCAACUCGACGGAGACGACCGAGCCAGGUCGAAAGUCGAAGCUCUCGGGUGGGACGAUUGCCGGAAUUGUGAUAGGAGGUUUGUUUGUUUUGGUAUUGAUUUUGGUUGUUUUGAUUCUUGUGUGUCAAAGAAAGAGGAAGGGGAAAUUGGAGUCGAAUGAGGGGGUUCGGUCGGCCGGUGAGGUUGAGGCGCCGGGGGAGAAGGCGGCGACAGUGGAAGGGAGUAGCGAAAGUAUAAACAUAGAUCAUUUAAUGGCACCGAAAUCGGUAGGGAAGGGCGGCGAGAGAGAUAAGAGAUUGGUGUUCUUUGGGAAUGUGGGGAAUGUGUUUGAUUUGGAGGAUUUGUUGAGGGCGUCUGCGGAGGUUCUCGGGAAGGGGACGUUCGGGACGGCGUAUAAGGCGACGCUGGAGACAGGGAUGGUGGUUGCUGUGAAGCGGUUGAAGGAGAUGACGGCGGCGGAGAAGGAGUUCAGGGAGAAGAUCGAGGAGGUGGGGAGAAUGAAGCAUGAGAAUUUGGUCCCUCUCCGAGCUUAUUAUUACAGCAGAGAGGAAAAGCUUUUAGUUUAUGAUUACAUGCUGAUGGGAAGCUUAUCUGCACUUCUACACGGUAGUAGUAGAGAGUCGGGAAGGACUCCGUUGAAUUGGGAAGCAAGGUGUGGCAUAGCGCUUGGAGUAAGCCACGGGAUUCAUUACCUUCAUUCUCAAGGCCCAACCAUCUCUCACGGCAACAUCAAGUCCUCAAACAUUCUCCUCACCCAAUCAUACGAAGCACGCGUAUCUGACUUCGGCCUCGCACAGCUAGCCAUGUCUCCUUCCGCUCCAAGUCGUGUCGCUGGGUACCGAGCCCCAGAGGUCACCGAUUCUCGAAAAGUAUCACAAAAAGCAGAUAUUUACAGCUUCGGAGUGCUAUUAUUAGAGAUGCUAACAGGAAAACCCCCUACACAUUCAAUCUUCAAUGACGAAGCGGUGGACCUUCCAAGAUGGGUCCAGUCAGUAGUUCAAGAGGAAUGGACAGCUGAAGUGUUUGAUGAACAACUUCUUAGGUACCAAAAUGUCGAGGAGGAGAUGGUUCAACUCUUGGAACUCGCUUUGCAAUGCACAGUCCCGUAUCCCGACAACCGUCCAGAAAUGGAUGAGAUCGUUCGACGAAUCGAAGAACUCUGUCUAUCGUCAUCACAAAAACAGAACGAGGGCAUCGACAAUGAUGAAAGUAAUGGUAUUUCUACGCCGUCAAAUUCUGCUCGAUAAGAAUUGAAAAAUAAUAGAAAAUCUAGAUAUUAUUCUUUUUUUCAUUAUAGUUUUCGAGUUUAUUAUACUUGUAAUUUUUAUACAUGUAUUUUUUGUUUUUGUUUUUAUUUUUAUUUUUAUUUCAUGUUCACAAAUCAAUGAAGUUCUCUAGUUGAUGUUUUCAUUUUUA